UACAGGCGCGCAACUGUCCUUUCCCACCGCGUUCACGUUUUCUCGUGGCUUCCAAAUUGUUACUCGAUCCACGCGCUCUGGUAUAAAAGGGGCCCCUGUUCCUCUCUCAUCAUGUCAGUGUCCGUCUCUCCGGAUAAGCGGCGAAAGAUGGAGUCGGCGUUGGAUCAGCUGAAAAAGCACACGGUGGUUGUGGCAGACACUGGCGAUUUUAACGCCAUUGAGGAGUACAAGCCUCAGGAUGCCACCACUAACCCCUCCCUGAUCCUCGCGGCAACCAAGAUGUCAGCCUACCAGCAUUUGCUGGACCAGGCCAUUAAAUACGGCAUCUCCAAAGGCGGGAGUGAAGAGGAGCAGGUGACGAACACCAUGGACAAGCUGUUUGUGAGCUUCGGGCUGGAGAUCCUGAAGAAGAUCCCCGGGAGGGUCUCCACUGAAGUGGACGCCAGGCUGUCGUUCGAUAAGGACAAGAUGGUGUCCCGCGCCCUCCAGCUGAUCUCCCUGUACAAGGAGGCCGGCAUAAGCAAGGAUCGAAUCCUGAUCAAGCUCUCCUCCACCUGGGAGGGCAUCCAGGCCGGUCGGGUGCUGGAGGAGCAGCACGGCGUCCACUGCAACAUGACGCUGCUGUUCUCCUUCGCCCAGGCCGUGGCCUGCGCUGAGGCCGGCAUCACUCUCAUCUCGCCCUUCGUGGGCCGCAUCCUGGACUGGCACAAGGAGAACGGCGACCGCAAGAGCUUCGAGCCGCACGAGGACCCGGGGGUGAUUAGCGUGACCAAGAUCUUCAACUACUACAAGAAGUUUGACUACAGCACGGUGGUGAUGGGGGCGUCCUUCCGCAACACGGGGGAGGUGAAGGCGCUGGCGGGCUGCGACCUGCUGACCAUCUCCCCCGGCCUGCUGGCCGAGCUCAGCCAGGACCACAGUGCGGUCACCCCCAUGCUGACCACGGCCGGAGCGAAGGCCUGUGAGCUGCAGAAGGUGCACCUGGACGAGCGGGCCUUCCGCUGGCAGCACAACGAGGACCGCAUGGCCGUGGAGAAGCUGUCCGACGGCAUCCGCAAGUUCGCCGCCGACGCGGUCAAGCUGGAGGGCAUGAUCAAGGAGAAGAUGCAGAACGUGAAGAACGGACAGUGAAGCAGGACGGGAGACGAGCGCGGCUCCGAGCCGCCCGUAGGGUCGGGAACCGGGGAACCGGGGAACCGCCGUUCGUCUCGACUGCCCAGGGUCUCCGUGGCUGACCUCCGUCCACCAGCGCUGGACCGUCUGUAGGAUCCAUUCUAUAGCUACUGCCGUGUUCAGCGGGCGGUAGAGUGCACUGUGUAGUUCCUAAAGGACUAAGCACUUUUUGUUUCCCCCCUUUUCCGUUUUCCCUAACAGGGUCUAUCCCAAUCCCGUGUGACAUUCCACCUACUGACCAAAUUUUCCAACCUUAAUGAAAAUUGUAUUCCACCUCAAAAUCAAUAAAGAAAUUGUCUCUUUGGGUA